AUGUCCAACAACGCCCCGUCUCAAAAGUACCGAGCCUCCUGCCACUGCCAACUCAUAACCUACACGGUGACCCUCUCACCGCCCCUCGACGACCUCGACAGCUGGGUCGUCGAGUGCAACUGUUCGAUCUGCGCGCGGAACGGCUACCUGAACGUCUAUGUGCAGAACGAGUGCAUUGAGUUCGAGGGCGUCGGGCUGGAGAGUGAUAUGGUUGAGAAAUAUCGAUUCGGGAAGCAGAGGGUUCAGCAUUAUUUCUGCAGUCGCUGUGGGAGUAGUCUGAUGGCGGAGAGUAUUGAGCCGGGUUUCUAUGAGGGGGUCAAGGCGUUGAAUGUUCGAAUGUUCCACGACGUCGAUGUUCAGUUGCUGCAGAGGAGACAGGUCGAUGGGAGGAACCUAUAGGAUACUGGCUUCAUACUGUAGUGGGCACUAAUAGCAUCUGGGCUUUGACAGCACUACUUCGUGCUGGUGCGCGAUGGAGUGUGCUCUGUGCGAUUGAGCCAGAGCGCGUUCCAUAUCUUCGUUUACAAGGGCCCUAGCAGCUAUGUCUAGGUUGAAGUACAAGGAGGAGGAUGUCAUUUUCGUUGGCUUUGGCCGGGUUUUAUAGAGCGUGGAGUCUUGUCCGGUUGCAUGAGAUAUCCUAUGCUUUCUUUUUGAUGAUAGAUACCGACAGGUGCAGUUCUUUCGCUAUAGUGGUGAGCCACGAGAAUACGAUUGUUGUUUUGCCACAGAUGUUU